AUGUUAGCAAAUCCUCUGAGAAAUAUAAAAAUAUCUUCAAAUAUUUGUACAAGAGAAAACUCUCCUAGUGUGAGAAAUUUGAUUGAUACAGUAAAUAUAGAACAAGAUGAAAUUCUUGAUUUAGAAAAUGCAUAUAGUCACUUCCCUAUAGAAGAAAAAAAUUCAGAUUCUAAUAAUAAAGAUGAUUUUUUUAGCAUGAGUUUAGUUGAUAUAAUAAAUAUAGAGAAAAGUAAGUCAUAUGAUAUAAAAAAUAUUUUAGAUGAAGUACAAUGCUCGUUAAUGGAUUCUCCAAUGGAUCCUUUUUAUCCAUCUUUUAAAAAUGAAAACUUACCUAUUUAUAUCGAAAAAGAGUCUGAAAUUUUAAGUACCCUACCAGAUUUAAAAAUACCCCCUGAGAAUUUACUUCUUGAACAUGAUUUAAUUAACGUUACUGAUAGAAAACCCUUUAGUGUAAAAAAAUUAGUGAAUACAGAAAAUGUAGAACAUGAAGACUCUGCUGAAAUACAAGAUGUAUUAGGUGGAAUUCUAAGAACAUUACCAGGUUCACAAAUAGAACCUUUAGGUUUACCUCAUGAACAUGAAAACUCAACCAUUCAUGCUGAAGCAGGGCCUUCUAACAUGAGUUUAAUGGACACAAAUGUAAAACAUGAAGAUUUUUAUAAUAUAUCGAAUAUUUUCAGUGAUUCAUCAGUAACUCCCAGUUAUUCGAAAGGGGGAUUCCUUGAGUUACUCUUAGAAGAUCAAUGUUCAACUAUUAAUUAUGAAGAUGAACUUCCCUCUACUAGCAAUUUAACUAUCCCAGAAAAUGUAGAAAAUGAAGGAUAUGCUAAAUUACAAAUUAUUCCUGUUGAUUUUUCUAUAGAAAAACCUACUAGAACUAUCAACGAUAAUGAAGAUAUGAUCUCUGUAGAUGAAAUUGAACAAAUAUCAGAAAAAUCAUACAAAAGAAAAAGAAAGAAGAGAAAUUACGGAGAUAUUGAUAAUUUAGGUGAUCAGAAUAUUGAAAAAGAUAUACAUAUUAGUCCAAAAAAAAGUUAUGUUUGUUAUCUAAGUUAUAGUCAAAUUGAAGAUUUUGUUCUUUCUCUUUCAAAUAUUUUCAAAAUGCAAAUUAACUGUUUACCAGAUAAUGUAGUUCCAAGUUUACAAAGACUAAGAGACAUAUUAGAAGAGGAUAAUAAAGUUACAUAUGAUAAUUUAAAAAAAAAAAUAAGCAUAAAUAUUUUGCUAUUAAGAGACAUUAUAAAUGAGGAAAUAAAAAAAAUUAAUCCUUCUGACCUAAUAGCAAUAAAAGAAUAUUAUGAUACAAAUAUAAAAGGAGAAAAACUACAAAAAAAAGUUAAUAAUAAUAUUUUGUUAUUUAGAUAUAAAACAAACCAUGAAUUUAAUAUAGAAGCACUGCAUGAAAGAAUAGAGCAAAUUUUAAAAAUUUUUGAGGAUUUAUCCAAUGAAUACAUAUUUCUGAAGAACUUAGAUGAUCUUAAAUCAACUAUUGCGAAUGACUUCAUGCACAAUAAAUUAUUUUCUUUUCCAUUUUUUCAAUCUUUAAAAGUCUUUAAACGUAUUUUUGAAUUAUUAAAAUGCAUGGAUGAAUUAAUAGAAUGUGCAGAAAAAUCAAUUAAAAGUGGAUUUAUAUUAAGAGAUCGUAAUUAUUUUUGUAUGACUCAAAAGAAUAUAUCUAAUCUUUAUUCAUUGAUAAUUUCAACUAUUAGAGUUAAUUCUAUUAAACUUGACAAUAUUUUGAAAACAUUGAAUUUAUCAUAUAAAGACCACGGUAUAAUAGUAGAAGCAAUUUUUUAUUUUUUUAAAAAAGAAAAUGCAAAAAAUAAGGAAAAAUUAAGACAAUACUUAGAUAAACCCUACAAAGAAAAUUCUUUAAAGGCGAUUUAUGAUUUUUUAUUAGAGGAAGAAAAGUAUAUUAUAUGCUGCUGUAAUGAAGCAUCUAAAAUUUUUAAUUUGAACUUAAAUGACAAAAAUAAGGGAAGCAUGCUUUUCAAUGAUCUAAUGAAUAAUAAAAAUACUAUGGAUUGUUUAUUCUUUCUUUAUGAAACCAUUAUUAAAUUAAUCGGAGGUUUAUUUGUUAAGAAACAGUUAUUCUAUAUAAUGAAUAUACGUAGGUCAUUAUUUAAGAUGAAUUCAUUAAAAAAAAGGAAAAAUAUUUUCAGAGCAAAAAUAAUAAAUAAAAAACUCCAAUCAGAUUUACUCUCUCAAAUAGAAAAAGAAAAAUGUAAUAUCGAAAAAAUUAAGCUUAAUAUAAGAAAUUUAUAUCUAUUGAUCACUACAAAAGAUGAUGUAGAAAUUAUUCAAGUGCCAGAUUCUUUAAUAAAUAAAAUAAAAGGAAUUUUAUCAAUUUUACGUUUCAUUCAUAAAUUAGCAUGUAAAAAUAAAUAUAGAACUUACUUUAAUAAUGCAAAAAAGGUUAAUACGGAAAAUAUGUUGCUUGCACUAUAUUAUGCCAACCAAAGGCUUUCAAAGUUUACUGAAAAUGAAAUACAAUAA